GUCAUAACAUCUCCCUUUUCUUCCUGCAGGCUCGGGGUUUUCCUGGUGAUGACCUCACUGCUGUUCCCUGGCAACGCCCACGCUGCGAUGAAGGACCUCUCUUCCUCCUCCUCUCCCCUCACCUCCCUGCUCCACUACCCUUCCUCCAAAACCUCCGUCGUGCCUUUCUCCCCGUCCACUGGCCCUGCCUCCACGCCGGGGUCGACGCUGUCGUCGGCUCCGCUCUCCAAACCUCAGCCCUUCUGCCUGCAGACGGGGCCUCAUCUCAUCGCAAGCAUGCAGCUGCAGAAGCUCAACUCGCACUACCAGAACCUCACCGGUGCUUCGGCUGGACACCCAGCCCCCGGUGGAGCUCAAAGGGGCUUUGGAGCCUCGCCUCUGGGCACCGGGAACCAGCUCCUCGGGCCAUCUGGAAGCCUCGGGGGAGGUGGGAUGGGGGUCGGGAUCAGCAUGGGGAACCAGGGCUCCGGCGCAGGUGGAAUUAUCGACUUUGAUCCCGUGGACGAGGAGGUUCUCAUGUCUCUGGUGGUGGAGCUGGGCUUGGACCGAGCUAACGAGCUGCCCGAGCUCUGGCUGGGUCAGAACGAGUUUGAUUUCAUGUCAGACGUGCCGGCUGGAUGCUGACCUACGAGAAGGAAAGUAUCCAGAUGCAGUGGAAUUGCUUGACAAAGAGAGAGAAGACUUUCGUUGAUAAAAUGAGGAAACAGAAGAAACACGGAGUGAUAAAGAGGAAGAGAUUAGAGACAUACUCUUGUUUCUAUUUUGCUUUCAUACUCUCUGCGGGCAGACAGAGGGAUCGAUGAAGAAAAAGACAGCUUGCUUUUCAAUUUUUGUUGUUUUUUUAAUGGAAGUGAAAGAGAUCUUUAACUGUUUUUCCUUUCGCUCGGUCGGUUUGUUUUUCUUUUCUAGGAUGAAACUGGCAGUUGAAGCCCAGCCUAAUGGAAUUAAGAAUUCGUUUGUUUCGCCUCAUCCCACUCUAUUUUUUAUUUUUCCUUUUCAUUUAAAGACGAAAAACAGAGGCGUGAGCAGAGUAUGAACAGAAACAAGGAGACUGUAUUGCUCCUGUGCUCCUUUCCUCCAUCACUCCCUGCUGCGGGCUUCAUCAAAACCCAUUGAUUUAUAUGAGAAGGUUUGGCAGACACGUUUGAGUCAGUCUCUUGGAAACAAACAGUACAGAUGACAAAGACACACCCAUUGGACUUGGCCCCCCGCUGUUCUCAGUGCCGUCCUCUCUGGAUCAAGUUAGCGCUUAAGGAAAAUGAAAAUGGGAAACAUGACUUUAGGGGAGAUUCGCGAAUGAUGACAAACACUAUAUUUCCUGUUUUCUUAAUGGACAAUAUUAGACUCUGGUCUCACGGGAAAGAGACUCCGGUCUCUUGGCUUCAUAAAGACACUGAUUGUCUGAGAGACUGGUCAUCUCAAUGUACUUUUCUUUCUUUCUUUCUUUUUCUGUUCGAAUUUAGCUCAACAAGUCGUAUUCACGGAACGUGUUAUUUAAGACAGUGGCUGAUAUCCGUCGGGUCUCUCGGACAAGAAGCGCUUCCGUAGCGCAUCUAUUAGCGGGUCUACUUUUCUGAACGUAAUGAAUUCGAUCAAGAGAUGGGGAAUCUUUCGGAGCGUGGGACCCGAAUGGAGUAAAUUGUUUCUCGCACCUGGAGCGCAGCCUCAUUAACAAAAAAAAAAAAACAACCACCGAGGCCUUAUGGUCAUGUGAGUCGCCACCAUGUGUACACACUUUGUUUUCUGGCCUGAAGUGUAAGAAACACCUACCCAGGUGGUUGCAUCAAACCGGUGUCAAUGAUCCCGGAUAGCACUUCCUUGUACAUUGAGGAUAAAAGGCUUUAUCUACACGUGUGGACAUAAACUGAAUGAGAAAAACGGAGGGAAAUUUACAUGCCCUCUGGUUUUAGUUCUUCCUGUUCUGCCGCUUUGGUGUUUAUGUCAAAACAGUUUGCUCGGCCCCAUGGGGACUUAUGAUCGCCACACUUCAGUGUUGCUGAUAAGGAGGCCUUGUCUCUUUUCAUUAUCUCUGGGCUUGCAGGCUAGUUGUUUGCACACUUUGCAGGGCAGUCCUUUGACCCGAACACACACUGCGGUUUGGUUUCAGCGCGCCCAGCUGCUGCACCUGCAACAACCUGUGCAGGUGUUAGGAAAUUAUGAAUGGGACCGUAGUGGGUUUGAGUUAAAGCCCCUCAGCAGUGAUAUUUUCAUAGAAGCUACCAAAGCAUGUGGCUAACAUGUUUUCGUCCACUUCCAGCUUCUGUCCGUUAUUUACUGUCUCUUGAAGGCAGAAGACGACAUGUGGAACAUCUUGACAAGCUAACGGUGCACACUCUGGCAGCUGUAUUGGAGGACCUCACAGUUAUUUGUCCAACUUGUCCUACUGACCAGAAAAAAAAAAACAGACUUUGUUUUUUAUUUUUUGGUUUUGUCCACUUGCCAUUUGCUAAAAAUCGCAAUCUGCUAAACAUUUGAUUGUGGCUACUGGUACUGUACUUUUAGAAACUAGCAUUAGCAUUAUCUAUAUACAGUGUAUGGAUGGAGGGCUGCCGUAAUAUCAGAAAAAACAACAGAGAAAUUUACGCUUUCACAUGUGAAACAUCAAGUUUAGGUGAAUUCAACACCAAAACUUAAAAAGUAGUUUGACAAAACAAUACCCACUCAAGUUCCGCUUAAAGCCUUUUCAAGAACUCUCACCUGCAUCAUACAAAUGAACUUUUAAGAUAACACGGAUAGAAGUCCCAAAAGGGUUGGGUUAUAUAGUAACAGCUGCUGAGCUUGGGAACAAAUGAGCAAACUCCCAUCUGCCGCCGAAGACCGAGAGAUAGGGUUGAGGCUGCUGAAAAAGCAAAGUAAGUUGAGGACUUGAGCAGAGCUGGGACUGUUUUGUCAAAUGUGAAAUGUUGUCUUGCGUGAAACAUGCCAAACCGUUUUCACGUGUGUGUUACAUUUCACCGCCUAGAUUUCACACGUGUUAAACCGAAGAUCACACGAGCCUGUUGUGUGAAUUUAUCACACAUGAAAUGUCCAAAAAAAUCAUGUGCCCGUAUGUGAAUUUCUCACACCUGAAACGGGGCUUUAAGGUCACUGUCCAAACCGCCCGAGCACAACCCCUCCCACCUCAAACACCUCAGACGAGAAGAAACUCACAAAAUUUCAUGUUAUUCAUUCAUAUAACUGUAAAUUUGAUCUCUGUAUAACAUGGUCUGCCAUUUAUAUACAUAACUACAGUGUAAAUUUCUGGAAACGUUACAUUGACAAUCCCUUGAAACUGUUUUCAAUGCAGCUGAAUCUUUUUAAGGCUAAAUGUUUUGUUUUGUUUUAAAGCGUAUGGAGAGGCAUCACAAGAAAAACUGAUAACCGUGUUCGGACUGGAUACCGCAGGGAGCCUGACGCCGAACUGACCAGCAGCCACACCAAACCAAUCCCUUUGUUGCCUGGCUGUUUUAUAUGCCAGUUUUACGCGCCUUAUUUGCAUAUAGCUCAUCUUCUAUUGGCCCGCCAUGAUGUCGACAGAUGUGGCUGCCAGUUUGGUUCACGAAAUAUCUCAAAGUUUGUGAUUUUUAUUUUUAUUUUUACGGAAUAUCAACAGAUUUUAGUUUAUACAGUCAACUCUCCAUCUACCAGGUGUUGUUUUCUUGCGGCUUCAGAGUUCAGUGGCUGGGGAAAAAAAAAAAAAAUCCCAGGGAGGGUUCAACUGACACCCGACCCUCCAGCCCCUGCCCAUCUAUAGGAGCUUUACUGUGCUGUGUCCUUCUGUAGAUGGAUGCAGUCAGGAUGGGGGCUCUGACCUAUAUCUGUUGUGGUAAGAAGAGACCAGGUUGGAGGGGUGUGUGCGUGUGCGUGUGUGUGUGGGGAGGGGGGCUCGAACUGUGCGGCAGGAACAAAGGCCUUUCACCUCGACCCAUUGUGUCUGUCAUCUCCUCUUGGACCACACACGCGAAAUAACACACCUGCGCGCAUACGGACGUGAGGUGGCAACAAAACACCUGCGCGUCCAUACAAACGCGCGCAAGGCCGAAACCGACGACGGGGCGAGCAAAGGCGGGGGAAUAAACCCGCCGCGCGCACACACAGGGGCGUGGGGAUGGUAUUACAGCAGGGAAACGGGAGCAGCGGCCAUGAAUCAGGCACUUGUACAAGCCACACGCAGACUUCGCAGGGCGCGUGCGCGUGUGUGUGAAAAGAGAGAGUGAUAAAGGGACGGAGUGAGAGGCUGCAUGCCAGUACGGAAAUGCAAUAAUGUGUGUGUGUGUGUGUGUGUGUGUGUGUGUGUUAAAGGGGAGGAAGAACACACGCUGGACUUUGUUCAUUGAUUUAGAUUUUGACAGGUCCGAAUUCACACAAAAACGCAACUUCAGUUCCUCAGGAGUGAACACAUACUUCUCAAGUCCUUUCUGACUGUUUCCCUACACACACACACACACACACACACACACACACACACACACACACACACACAGACACUGCCCAAUAGCAGCUUUUGAUGUGGAUGAGGGUCUCGGUUACGAUCAGUGAGCGCGAAACUUUCGUCAAUGGAAUGCGAGAAGCGGAGAUGAAUGAAAAGCCACUGAAGGAGUAAUUUGACAGAAUCCUUUUUUUUUUUUU